AAACAGGCUCCAACAAUCCGAGCUGCUUGUGAGUCGGGUCGCGGCCGUCACCGCAAUCUUCGUAACCUCGGCGAUGCAACAGUGCUCCCCAAGGAAGUCGAAGAAGACCUUGUGCUUUGGCUCAACACGCUGCGGAAGGACGGAGCGCCUGUUUCGAGGCUCAUGCUACAGCUACAGGCAAAAGAGGUAGCCGCUGAGAAUGGGCUGCACGAGAAAUUCGCAGCAUCUCCUACAUGGGUAAAGCUGUUCCUAAGGCGC